GAAAAGAGCUCUGUCUGCUUUAUGCCCUACCUCGGGCAUCCCUUGAUCCAUCAGGGAAGAGGAGACAGGCGCUGCUGCUGCUGUCUUUGAACAUUCGCAUCAGAAAUGUAAUUUCUGGAUUUGGAUUAACUCUAUCCAAUGCUUUGGCACUUUGAAAAUUCCUGCAGGUAUCAACCGGUAGGAAUUAGGAAUUCGGAAAUUGUCUUGUGAGCAAGAUUUGGAAGCUAGUCAUCAGCUAUUGUGCCAGGACCUCUCUGUUUUUCAAGUGGAUCACAGGCAACAAGAAUCUAAAGGAAAAGAUGAGCAUAAUAAGAAGUAACUCAUGUGGAUGGAGAGGAGAUAUAUUUUUAAUGGUGGAGCUCCGGAAGAAGAUACUAACUUUUAGAGACAUCAUUGACCUUCCUCCCUGUGAUGGUUCUGCUCCCAUUAAUGAGGUCCUCAUCUAUUUACUUUUACUGAAGCCAAGGAAGUUCUCAAAUCUAUUUAUUCCUGAAAAUUUCAUAUUUUGGAUCUUCCGGCAGUUGAUGAUGGGCACUGUUGAAGAUCUCCACAACUUAUACCCCAAUAUUGUAAACUAUAAUGUGACUCCAGAAACAGGAGAGACAUCCUUCGAUCAGGUAUUGCACCAUCUCUAUAACGCUUUUGAAUCCAUUGGAGAUUCCUGGGCCAAAAAUCACAAGUGGAUAAGUAACUUUGGCAAUGAUACAAAUGAGAGCACAGAGGAUAUCACUCUGGAGCAACUUAGUCAAAAAGUCCUUGAAAAGCUCAACCACAUGAUUGACAUUGCAAGGAAAAUGUUCGAUGUGAUGGAGGAAGAAGAGAAGGAAAAUGGUGGAAGGAUGCAGGGUAUGACAAUUGGUGACACGUUAAGUGAGUCCUUCUCAAACAAGAAAAUCACCUGUCCUUCUCCAGAUACUCCAGCAACAUUCGCUCCUGCAGUUUCAUUCUCUAUGGAAAUUGGGGAGUUUGCAAAUGCUACAUAUGCCUCACCUUUUCUAUUGUCUCUCAGAGUUCAUGCAGUGGAGAAAUUGCGGCCAAUUGAAAUAAAAUACCUCCCAUUCAACUUGUCAUCUAGAAAAUCUGCUCAAUGUGACAGUUCCAUGAAAGUAAUGGAUCAAAUGGUUGAUGAAACAAACUUAGAAAUGCAAAAUGUAUCAACUACGGUGGACAAUAGAGGACCAAAAGAUUCCAAAACUUCUGACAAUUUGUCCAUGCUUCUGAGUUAUAAUUCAAACUUGAUGUAUGAAGCAAAAGAAUCAGCAGCAGUGCCAAACCCACCACCUCCAUCAAUAGUGUCUGAUCAAGCUCCAACUAUGCCAUCAGAAAAUUUGUUACCACCUGUCAAUCUUCCUUCAAAUGGAACAGCAACUUCUCCUCUGCCUGUAUCAACAUCUAAAGGGUUUGUACCAGUGUCACCAAUUCCUAUGCCACAACCAAAUGGAGCUGCACCACCUCCUCCUCCUCCACUUGGCAUGGCAAAGGCCCUGCGCGCAAAGAAACAAACCAAAUUAAAAAGAUCAAGCCAUAUGGGACACUUGUAUAGGCUUCUCAGAGGCAAGGUGGAAGGGUGUCAUUUAAAUGGCAAACCUCAUGAUAGAAAAAGGCCAAAAGUUGGAGGAUCUGCAGGGGGGAAGCAUGGAAUGGCAGAUGCGCUGGCAGAAAUGACAAAAAGAUCAGCAUAUUUCCAACAGAUUGAAGAGGAUGUCAGGAAUCAUGGGAAAUCAAUCAUGGAGAUCAAAGCUGCCAUUGAGUCCUUCCAAACCAAGGACAUGGUUGAUCUUAUUAGAUUCCAAAAGUAUGUGGAGCAACAUUUGGAGAAAUUGAUUGAUGAGACACAGGUGCUGGCAAAGUUUGAAGGUUUUCCCAUAAAGAAGCUGGAAUCAUUGAGAAUAGCAGCAGCACUAUAUUUAAAGCUGGAAGAAAUAGCUACCAAACUGGAGAAGUGGAAGGUAACACCUCCUUUGGACCAGCAACUUGACAAGGUUGAAUCCUACUUUAACAAGCAGAUCAAGGGAGAAAUAGAUACAUUGGAAAGAAGCAAAGAUGAAGAUUCUAAGCGGUUCAAGAGCCACAAAAUUGAUUUUGACUUCAACAUUCUGUUGUGUAUUAAGGAAUUAAUGGUAGAUCUUUCUUCAAGCUGCAUGGAGGUUGCAAUUAAGGAAAGGAAAGAGGCAAAGGCAGCAGAGAGUGCAGAAAGUGGGCAAAAAACUAACAGCCAAUUAAAGGCAAGUGCAAAAACUCUUUGGAGAGCUUUUCAGCUAGCAUUUCAGGUCUAUAGCUUUGCUGGUGGACAGGAUGAUCGAGCUGAUAUGUUGACCAGAGAAAUAGCUCACGAAAUAGAGACUGGUCCUCAACCAGAGUGAUGUUAUUUCAGCCUCCUAUUUGCAACAAUAGGAUACCAUUUCCAAACCAAGCAGGCACAUGUUAAAAACUAUACUAUAUAUUGAGUAUAAUUAUAACGUCCCCAAGUUGAGUGAUGUAUAUUGAAAGCUCAGAACCAUUAUAUAUGCCUAUUGUAAUAAAAUUUAAGUAUAGCAUUAAUAAAUAGACUUCUAAUUUAUAUAA